UACAAUACAUCGAAUCCGAGAGACGACUUGUGAUCAGUCCAUUUAACGGACCAACUCAUCACCCGCCUGUUUAUAAACGGGUCAACCGACCACGGGUCAGGUGACCCAUUUAUUUGGCUCGUGUUCAAUAACCCAUUAACCAUAUUCAACCCCCUAACCGGCCCUCCAUACUGAGAGAACCCUAAAUCCUAAUUCCUCGCCGCGGCUGCCUCCUCCUGCGGCUCCAGGUCCUCGAGUCGUUGUCUCCUCCACAGGCCCCAGCUCCAGAGUCUCCACUCCACAGGCUACACAGCUCCACUGCCGUGCCCGUGCGCCCUUGCCCAUUCUGCGGCUUCUGCCUACCACGCUCGCUGCACGCCAAGUUGAAAUCGCCAACAACGCCAUCUCCCUCCCUCACCCUCACGCGCUCGGACGGUGGUCGGUGGUCAUUCAACUCGUUCCCUCACGGUCGGAUCAAGCUCCCUCACGAUCCAGAGACGCAGAUCUACCAUUCUACCGUAGAGGACCAGAGGUGGUGAACUGUGAGGGUUCCUUUCAUCAAUCUUAAAUAUGUCCUCUCUAAGGAAUGCAAUUAAAAGACGGGCUUACAAGGAGCGUUCACAACCGGAGUCGAGGAAGAAGUUUGGUUUUCUUGAAAAACACAAGGACUAUGUUGUCCGUGCAAAGGCAUUUCACAAGAAAGAGGAGGCUUUACAGAGACUUAAGGAGAAAGCAGCAUUUAGGAACCCGGAUGAAUUUUACUUCAAGAUGAUCAAAACAAGAACUGUUGGUGGGGUCCAUAGACCAGAGAGUGAGGCAAACAAAUACACUCCAGAAGAGCUCAUGCUGAUGAAGACUCAAGAUAUUGGAUAUGUGCUGCAGAAAGUUCAAAGUGAAAAAAAGAAAAUAGAAAAGCUGACUGCUAUGCUACAUUCUCUUGAUAACCAGCCAUCAAAUAGACAUGUUUAUUUUGCCGAGGACAGGGAUGAAGCUAGGGAAAUACAGUCACGAUCAUCAAAAAGCAGAAAUUUACCUACUUCUGAGGAUCUGCCCAAUCACAUUAAGAGGAAAACAACUGCUUCCUACAGAGAGCUGGAGGCAAGAAAGAAUAGAGCAAAUGAGUUGGAGAAACUAUACAUGGAUAUGGCCUUGCAGAAAGAACAUCAGAAAAAGGGUCGGAAGCGGAAGCUACGCGAAGAUGAGAUUGUCUGCCCAACAUCCAAGCCAGUAUACAAGUGGCGGCCGGAGCGAAAACGGUAAAUACACAACAGAAUUGUUUAUAUCGGUGGUGGGGCUGAGAUCACAGAAACUGGUUACUGUUGAAGACUCUUUCUGGCAAGGGAAUGAAGUGGUAGUCGUACUCAAGAUCAGCUUGAAACGUACUUGUACUCAAACUGAUGCAAAAUCCAAGAAUAUGAGAUAAGUUUCUGGACAGCCUUUAGGUGAUACUUGGGAUUUCAUAUGUAUGACUCGUAUAACUAUAAUUAUUUUUCUCUUUUUCUUUAACCCUAAGAAAAUGUGUUGAGACUGCUAAGAUCCGGUACUGGUCAGACAAUCUACUCCAAAAAAAAAGAAAAAAGAAAAUAGAGGCUACAAAGUCAAAUUUCCAUGGCA